AUGAAUCGAGGUGGUAAACUUGCUCCUGAGGUUAAUCGGUAUGUACCUUCGUUUGUAGUUCAUUGUACCUGCACAACUGGUCGCAGCUUUGUUCGUCAAGAAUCUAAGGUAUGUGGAUUGAUGCAGGAGAGAGAAGAUGUGGGGACUUGGAGAUGGGGUUGUGGAUUGGGAUUUGGUGUAGCUGGAAAUGAGAUAGAUGUGCAUAGGCAUAGGGCUGAUGGAUCUCGGAAUGACAGCUACAACGUAACGCCCGAAGAACUCUUUGAUUUGUUUGGUAAAUUUGGCGCGAUUCGACAAAUUCGUCAAGGUAUCGCAACCAACACCAAGGGCACGGCUUUUGUUGUCUACGAAGACGUAACGGAUUCUAAGACUGCCUGUGAUAAAUUGAAUGGAUUCAAUUUCCAAAAUCGUUACCUAGUCGUUCUUUACCAUCAACCGGAAAAGAUGGAAAAGAUGCGCGCCAACUCAAAUCAAUCGGAUUCAUACGCUGCUCGCAAAGCGAUCCGCCCAAACGCCGUAUCAAAUACGAAGUCUACAGCGUCUAUGGGCCCGUCAUCCAGGGUUGGAAAUGGUUCACCAGUGGAGGAAGUGAGGAAAGAUGAAACACGAAGACAAUCUGCAUCAAUUACAACCAGAAAAUCUCCUACGACAACUGCUAUGCAUGGAAAGGGAGAUAAAUAUCAACAUGUGGAGCAUCAUCGUGGGAUUAGGGGGGCAGCAGUGGCAGGUGGAAGGCGUAAUACCUCUUUCCUUGCUCUCGUGCGAGGAUUGGUUUUCAGGCGUUAA